AUGAAGAAAACAAAAACACAAACAGAAACACUUGUUCUGGUUACAGUGUUUCUAAGUUUAACCUUAAACACACUUUCCCUCUCAACUCUCACAAUCAAUGACCAAACUCUUACCUUCGAAAAUGACCGUCUCAGAAACGCUUACAUAGCGUUACAAGCUUGGAAACAAGCCAUUCUCUCUGAUCCACAGAACUUCACAACCAACUGGGUUGGAUCCAAUGUAUGCAGCUACACAGGCAUUUACUGUGCCCAAGCCCUAGACAACCCUCAAAUCCGCACAGUCGCUGGCAUUGAUCUCAACGACGCCGACAUUGCCGCUCAUUUACCCGAUGAGCUUGGCCUAUUACAAGAUCUGGCACUUUUCCACACGAAUUCUAACAGAUUAUGUGGCACAGUUCCUCACACGUUUGAGAAACUGAAACUUCUAUUUGAGUUGGAUCUCAGUAACAACAGAUUCGCUGGCAAGUUUCCGGAAGUUGUGUUGCGGAUUCCAAGCCUUAGAUAUUUGGAUUUAAGGUUCAAUGAAUUUGAAGGCAAUGUUCCCAGGGAGUUGUUUGAUUUACAAAUAGAUGCUCUUUUCAUAAAUGAUAACCGGUUUACGUCGGUGUUACCGGAGAAUUUUGGUAACUCUCCGGCGUCUGUUGUUGUUCUGGCCAACAAUAAGUUCCAUGGGUGUAUUCCUUCCAGUAUAGGAAACAUGUCCAAUUUGAAUGAAAUUAGUUUCAUGAACAAUUUGUUUAAGUCUUGUUUACCUGAUGAGAUUGGGAUGCUCAAGAAUUUGACUGUUUUUGAUGUUAGUGUUAAUCAGUUUGUGGGGACUUUGCCGGCGGCGAUUGGAGGUGCUGUGAGUUUGGAGCAGCUCAAUGUGGCGGAUAAUUUGUUGUGUGGUAAGAUUCCGCCGAGUAUUUGUAUGUUGCCGAAUCUGAAGAAUUUUACGUUUUCAAAUAAUUUCUUUACCGGUGAGCCGCCGGCGUGUUUGAGUUUGCCGGCCAGCGAUGAUAAGAGGAAUUGUUUGCCGGCGAGGCCGUUUCAGAAAUCGCCGGGAGAAUGUGUGGCGUAUUUGUCUAAGAAGGUGGAUUGUAAGUCGUUUAAGUGUAAGGCGUUUGUUCCUUCUUUUCAUUCACCAUCGUCGCCGUCGCCGGCAGUGUCACCUACCUCACCACCAGCAUUGCCGGGAGUGACACCUUCCUCUCCACCACUGCCGGGAACGGCACAUUCCCCUCCGCCGUCAAUAGUGUCACCAGUUUCUCCACCACUUCCCGGGGUAGCACAUUCUCCUCCACCGCCGCCAGGAACAUCACAUUCCUCUCCACCACCGGGGCAUUCACACUCUUCUCCACCGGGACAUUCACCACCUCCAUCUACUUCUCCAACAACUCCAGUGGGGUCGCCACCGUCACACACUCCAAUGCCGUCAUCUCCGCCACUAAAUACACCACCAGCGCCUGCUCCUCAUUAUGGCUCAUCGCCGCCACAGGCUCAUUCACCUCUACCGUCACCCUAUCCUCCCCAUGUCCAUUCACCACCACCGGGAAUGACACCUUCCUCUCCACCGGAACAUUCACAACCUCCAUCUACAUCUCCAACACCUCCUCUGGCAUCACCACCAUCUCCACCACUAAAUUCACCACCACCUACAGGUUCUCAUCAUGGCCGAUCACCUCAUCCUUCCCCUGUUCAUUCCUCACCACCACCUCCACCAUCUUCCACACCACAUCCACCUGUAUAUGCUUCUCCACCUCCACCACCUUCUUCAUCUUCCACACCACAUCCACCUGUAUAUGCUUCUCCACCUCCACCACCUUCUUCAUCUUCCACACCACAUCCACCAUCUUCCACACCACAUCCACCUGUAUAUGCUUCUCCACCUCCACCACCUUCUUCAUCUUCCACACCACAUCCACCUGUAUAUGCUUCUCCACCUCCGCCAAUUCAUCAUACUUCUCCAUCGCCACCACCUCCUUCCCCUAUCCAUCACAGUUCGCCGCCUCCACCACCUACCCCUGCAUAUGGAGGACCUUUGCCACCAAUCGUCGGACUCCCAUACGCGUCACCUCCACCACCUCCUUACUAUUGA